UCUCGUUUAGUUAUCGAGGCUGACUUGACAUUAGUGUGAAAAGCACGAUCAGUUCUCAGAAAGGACGGAAAGGAACACACUCAGUCACGGGAACAUUUUUGCGUCUAUUCGCUGUCUUGCGUGAAAAGAGUAUCGGUCCAGACAGAAACUUGGCACACACAAGAGUAGUUGGCCAUGUCGGGACAGAGGAAAGGAGCUGCAUCACGGCUGCCUAAAUGUGCCUUCUGCAGAACCAACCGGGACAAGGAGUGCGGCCAGCUGCUGGUGUCUGACAACCAGAAGGUGGCAGCCCACCACAAGUGCAUGCUUUUCUCCUCUGCCCUGGUCACAUCUCACUCAGACAGUGACAACAUCGGAGGAUUUUCCAUUGAGGAUGUGAAAAAGGAGAUCAAAAGGGGGAACAAAUUGAUGUGUUCCUCGUGUCACCGACCCGGCGCUACCAUCGGCUGUGAUGUGAAGACGUGCCGGAGGACAUAUCACUACUACUGCGCUCUGAAGGACAGAGCCCAGAUCAAAGAGAAUCCUUCACAAGGGAUUUACCUUGUGUACUGUCGCAAACACCGGGAUGCCUCACAGGAUGAUGUUCAAGAUGAAGAGGCAGGUGUGGCCAACGAUUCAGACUCCUCGCCUCCACAAAGUCGGGGCCGAGGAAGGUUUGAAAAGGGGAGAGCCAAGGUCGGAUCUCGUGGCCAGUCAGAAGACACCCGGUCCACCUCCUCGCAGGGCGCGGACGAGGAGAGUUCAUCCCAUCGGGACCGGUCACCUCUGAGGACCAGCCCAGGGGACGGUGGGCAACGCUGUGGCUUCUGCCACGCCGGGGAGGAGGAAAAUGAAACGAGAGGAAUGCUCCAUGCUGAUAACUCCAAAAAAGUUGCUGCACACUACAAGUGCAUGCUUUUUUCAUCUGGGACGGUCCAGCUGACCACCACUUCACGGGCUGAAUUUGGAAACUUCGAUGUCAAAACAGUCAUCCAGGAAAUCAAAAGGGGGAAAAGAAUGAAAUGUACUCUCUGCACUCAGUUGGGAGCUACCAUCGGGUGUGAAAUCAAAGCUUGUGUGAAGACCUACCACUACCACUGCGGCCUGCAGGACAAAGCCAAGUACAUUGAAAACAUGGCCCGUGGCAUCUACAAGCUGUACUGUAAGAACCACAGCGGCAAUGAGGAGCGGGAUGAGGAAGACGAGGAGCGGGAGAAUCGCAGCAGAGAGCGGGCAGCAAUCGACCACAGAGGGACACUGCCCUCACAAGUGAACGGCAACUAGGUGGGAGAUGGAUGUGAAAUGGGGAAGAAAGGAAGAGCUCGAUGAUGGUGGAGAGAUAUUUUUGAUACUCUUUGAUAGCCGGCUCACAAAGUCAUGGUGAACAAGCUCAUGGUUUCUUCCAGUAGACAGACACAGUGGUCCAAGGCGCACCCGUUGUCUUCUUCAUGAACCCUGCUUUGAGAUAACUGGAUGAGCUUUUUCACAAACUGGUGGCACUCUGCAGAGAGCGAAGGAUUGCUGCAGGAUAAUAAAAAGCCAUGGCUAUUUUUUUCCCAAGUGUCAGUCGUGGGCUCAGUUUAGAGUACAUGUAAUAUUACCAUGAAGUAAGAGCUGAAUGGACUGAUCUGUUGAUUGUCUCUCGCUGCCCAUAUCCCCCCCACAGUUUACAUGACCCACACUUGCCCAAAACAGAAACAUUCUUCCUCUUCCUUAGCUUCUAAAAAGACUCACUUUUAAGAGGGGUCUGUUUGUUACUAGUCUCUGAAGUUGUGCAGUUUGAUUACUUUGUUUCUGUAAUCGUCUUAAGAAAAUCUCUUUUCAUGUUAGCCUUUCUUUCUUGAUAUGUAAUAUUUUGCUACUGUAUUAUCACCAUGAGUAAUUUUUGAAUAUCUGGAUUUCAGACAGUCACACUUAAAAAGUUUUUGCCAGCAUGCACUUGGAUUUUUUCCACUGUUAAAGGUGGCAUUUUUUUUAUUUAGAUGCUAAAGGGCAAUGUAGAGCUCUUUAGAGGAGUUGGCCUGACUUUGUUUGUUGUACUGUUCCUUGUAUCUCUUCAAAUGUAUCCACGAAUGAUUGGAAAUAGAAAAGAUUUUAUUUUACACAAG